AUGUCAAGCAACAAUCCUUGUUCAGAAGAUGGAAGCAGCAGUAAACGAAAGCGUCGACCAGCAGGAACUCCAGAUCCAGAAGCAGAAGUUGUAUAUCUAUCGCCCAAAACCUUGUUAGAAUCGGAUCAAUACAUUUGUGAGAUAUGCAAUCAAGGGUUUCAAAGGGAUCAAAACUUGCAGAUGCACAGAAGAAGACACAAAGUGCCAUGGAAAUUGCUCAAAAGAAAGACACCAAUGGUGAAGAAGCGUGUUUUCGUGUGCCCAGAACCCAGUUGCCUGCACCAUGAUCCAUGCCACGCUUUAGGUGAUCUCGUGGGAAUCAAGAAACACUUUAGAAGAAAACACUCCAAUCAUAAACAGUGGGUUUGCGAGAAAUGUUCAAAAGGGUAUGCAGUUCAGUCAGAUUUUAAGGCUCAUCUCAAAAUCUGUGGAACUAGAGGCCAUUCUUGUGAUUGUGGCCGUGUCUUCUCCAGGGUGGAGAGUUUCAUUGAACACCAAGAUGCUUGCAGUGUUAUGGGGCGACUCUUAUCAGAAUCCCACACUUUGCAGCCUACAGCCUGCUUGUCCCAGAGGCCAUCAAGUUCCAACCCUUCCACCGUCACCAAUUUUUUAAGCAAUGUGGGAGGUAAGAAUUCGUGGCCGGCCCUAAAUCUAGACCUCCAGCUAUCAGCAAAAUCAAGUGUUUCGAAUUUGACGAAAGUGGCAGAUCAAGACCACUCUACUCAAAUGCAAUUCUCCAUUGGCUCAUCAGAAAUCAGUGAGCAAAAUGAAAUGGAUAGCAGACUAGAUGAACAGUUAGUAAUGGCCAUGACUGAAAAUGCUUACGCCCAAGAGGCGAGGCAACUGGCGAAGAGGCAGAUUGAAAUGGCGGAGAAGGAAUUUGCUAAUGCUAAGCGAAUAAGGCAUCAAGCACGGGCGGAGUUAGAGAAAGCUCAGGCCCUAAAACAGCAUGCAGUAAUGCAAAUAAAUGCCAUCGCCUUGGAAAUCACUUGCCAUUCUUGCAGGCACAAGUUGCAAAAUGAAAGGGGAUUGACAGAAACUUGUUUUACUCAAUGUUAA